UCGUGUGACCUCUCUUCCGAAGAUGAAGUAACCGAUGAAGUGCGGAGGCUACGCAACUGCAAAGCGUGUCUCGAGGAGAAUAUUCCCACAGAAAUCUACAAGUACUUUUUCAACACCCUGGCUUUUCGGCUUCGUGAGUUGAUUGUACAGGCGUGUCGAGUAGAGGCCGUUCCCGAUGACUGGGGCUCAGGCAUCAUUGUAUCUGUCCACAAGAAGGGAGACAAAACGAAAUGCGAGAACUACCGCGGCAUAAGUCUUAUCGGUGCUGCUGCAAAGAUCUUCGGUAUUGUUCUGCUCAGGUGCUUCCGUUCUGUACGCGACUCCGAGAGUGCGCCUUAA